AUGUCUGGGACGCCGAGCAGGGCUGUAGAUGCUUGUACGACCGCGGAGAUAGGGAAUCGGGAAGCAAAUCGCGGCUGUGAGGGGGUCUCGGGGAUCAGUGUCGUCUUAUCUCCUGGACUGUACUUCCAGGAAGGGGAAGGCUCUCAUGGCAACCACCACAUCCACAAAGUCAUCUCCCUGCUGGAGGUGCUGUCCGGAGAGCGACUCAGUCGGGAGAGAGGAUCGCAACGGUUCCACCAGAUCCACAACGUCCAGGCGGUGCUGAACUUCCUCGAACGGCGGCGGAUUCUCUUGGUGGACAUUCGAGAUGUGGACAUUCGCGCCGUGGAUAUCGUGGAUGGGGAACCCAAGCUGAUCGUGGGACUCCUCUGGACCCUGAUUUUGCAUUACCGAGUCUCGAAAAUCGUCCACGACGGCAGCAGAGGCAAGGACGCGCUGCUGAAAUGGGUCGGCGAGCAUAAAAACGUGAAGGACUUCCACAAGUCCUGGACCGACGGACUGGCGUUCGUCGCCAUUCUUCGCCGCCACAAGAGAGCCCUCGGCCGUUUAACGCGAAACUGGGACCAGCUCCUCGAGAAACUGGACGCAGACCAGAUCUCCGGGAAACUCAUCGCGAAGGGGAUCCUCAAUCAUGAGUGGGACGGAGAGCGGGACGCGAAGCAAUGGAAGCGGAGGGAGGUCAUCCUGCUCAAGGUCCACGGGAAGGGCUCGGACGGGAUGCGGGCGUUCCUGGACGCCCUCGAGGAGAUCGGGCAGUCGCACCUCAUGCGGGAUAGACCUCAAUUGACCAAGGCGAUUGGUGUCCAACGGCCGUGGUGCCCCAUGGAUCAGAGGAUCACCAUGCGCACCCAGUGCAACAGGUGGAUGUGGCGCAUGCGCCUCACCUGCCAGGUCCUCACACUCAUGGAAACAUGA